AUGUCGCUCUCCAACUGCAGAUUCUACGAGGAGAAGUACCCCGAAAUCGACUCCUUUGUGAUGGUGAACGUAAAACAGAUCGCCGACAUGGGAGCCUAUGUCAAACUCCUCGAGUACGAUAACAUCGACGGCAUGAUCCUGCUUUCCGAACUCUCCAGACGGCGCAUCAGAUCGAUCCAGAAGCUCAUCCGCGUCGGUCGCAAUGAGGUUGUCGUUGUUCUCCGUGUCGACAAGGAGAAGGGGUAUAUCGAUCUUUCCAAGCGUCGCGUGUCGCCCGAGGAUAUCAUUCGUUGCGAGGAGCGCUACAACAAGUCCAAGAUUGUGCACUCCAUCAUGAGACACGUUGCUGAGAAGACCGAGACCCCCAUCGAGACCCUCUAUGAGACAAUAGGCUGGCCGCUCAACAAGAAGUACGGCCACUCGCUGGACGCCUUCAAGCUUUCUAUCACCAACCCUGAUGUCUGGAACGAUAUCCAGUUCCCCAGCACCCCGGUUGCCGAUGAACUCAAGUCUUACAUUGGCAAGCGUCUUACCCCCCAGCCCACCAAGGUCCGUGCCGAUGUUGAGGUUACCUGCUUCGGUUAUGAGGGUAUCGAUGCCAUCAAGACUGCCCUCCGCACCGCUGAGGCCCGUAACACUGCCGAUACUCAGGUCAAGUGCAGACUUGUUUCUCCUCCUCUCUAUGUUCUUACCAACACGUGCCUGGACAAGAACGCAGGUAUCGCUCGGCUAGAGGAGGCCAUCGUGGACAUCCGCACAAGCAUCGAGGCGGCUGGCGGCCACCUGGUGGUCAAGAUGGAGCCCAAGGCUGUCACCGAGUCGGAUGAUGCCGAGCUCCAGGCUCUUAUGGAGAAGAGGGAGCGUGAGAACGCCGAGGUCAGCGGUGACGAGUCGGUCAGCGAGUCUGACGACAACAUCCCCGAGACGGUUUAA